AGCAAUGCAUUAUGGGGCAAAGUGUAGCAAACAUAAACACUGAUACUAAUUGUUUGUUACCAGUUAAGUAUAAAGUCGAUACUGUUUAAAAAACCGACCAGUGUAAAUAUUUAUAGUCUCUUUAAGUCACUCACCGCUACAGUGCGGAGUGUGAGCAGCGUGAAAAGCCGCAGCAGAGGGCAGACAUGGCCGGGAAAAGAAGCGUGGUGUGGGUCUUUUUUAAAACCGUCGACUCAGAGUCGGUCCAGUGUCUGCUCUGCAACAGUUUUCUGGUCAGACAUAGCCAGGGCACCACCACGGCCAUGCUGAGACAUCUGCGAGUCAAACAUCCCAACGAGGUCGUGAAGAAGAGCCAGAGGCGUGGAGCUGAAACAGCGUCCAUCAUCAACGGCCACCAAGACCUGGAGACUGACAGUGAACAGUUCUGCUCGGUGGAAGUGGCACUGGAGGACGGAGACUCAGACUCCUUUACCCCGGGGAACGAAGCUGAUAUUAAUUCUGCUAUUAACGGCAUCCUGGAAGCUGCAGGUCCAGCAGAACAAAUAACACAUGAAGAGGCGAGUGAUGACCGCCCUGUGACACAAAAACGAACACGGAGCUUGGUUUGGAGGCACUAUGAGCGCCUGGAUAGUUUGGAUGCUGCUCGAUGCCGCAUUUGCAUGAAGAAGUUUAAGUGUUUUGAAGGCAGCAGCACCAGCAACCUGCGUCGGCACAUCUCAAAGAGACACCCGCGGGUCUUUUCUCAGCUAGUGGCUGACGGGAAGAAAGCACCACCAUCCCGUUCAACACAGGGCUCAAAUGCUAAUGGUGACACAUCGGCACCACCAGAGACUCGUGGCGCGACAGAGAAGAGACAGUUUUCAGUGGAAGUGGCACUGGACAACAGAGACUCUGACAUCUUUACCAUGGGGAAUGAAGCUGAAAAUAAUUCUGCUAUUAACGGCAUCCUUGAAGCUGCAGGUCCAGCAGAACAAAUAACACAUGAAGAGGCGAGUGAUGACGGCCCUGUGAGACACAGACGAAAUAAACAGAGCUUGAUUUGGAGGCACUAUGAGCGCCUGGACAGUUUGGAUGCUGCUCGUUGCCGCAUUUGCAUGAAGAAGUUACAGUGCUUUCAAAGCGGUAGCACCAGCAACCUGCAUCGGCACAUGUCAAAGAGACACCCGGAGAUGUUUUCUCAGCUAGUGGCCGACGGGCAGAACCCACUACCGGUGACUGUUGGGGCGACAGAGAAGAGACCGUUUUCAGGUGCAUUGACAGUUUCAAGGGUGUCUGAAGGAGAGAAGCGUGUGUUAAGGAGAGAGCGGGAGCUGAUAGAAGCUCUGAGGAGAGCUCAGAGGGAGGAGGCUCGCGCUCUGGAGCAUCAGCGGGAGCUGCUGGAGAAGCUGCAGGCAGCGAAUGCCAGGGAGGCAGCUGCAGAGAGGCAGCAAAUCGAGUCACUGAGGAAAGCACAGCUGGAGGAAGCCAAAGACUUAAGUAGACAGAAAGAAGAGCUGAAGAAGGAAAAGGCAGAGCUACAGAAGAAACGGGAAGAGCUUCAGCAGGAAAGACAAGAGCUUCUCUUGUUUUCCAGCGGACAGCAAGCCUCUUGAUUCUGUUACAACUGGACUGUCAUCAUGUUGCUAUUCACUGAUUUCAGGUUUUUUAUAAAUGCUUUGGAACUAAUUCAAAUACAUGAUGUAAAAAUGUAAACUCCUCUUUUUAGUAAAAUAUAUUUUACAAAGAA